UAAGUAUUACGAGAAGGAAGCUCUCCUGAUGGACCCCGUGGAUGGCCCCAUCCUUGCCUCUUUGUUGGUGGGGCCCUGCGCCCUGGAGUACACCAAGAUGAAGACUUCCGAUCACUUCUGGACGGACCCCUCAGCCGACGAGCUUGUCCAGAGGCACCGCAUCCACAGCUUGCACCUGCGACAGGACUCGCCCACCAAGCGUCCAGCCCUCUGCAUCCAGAAAAGACAUUCGAGUAGCAGCAUGGAUGACCGGCCGUCCCUCUCCGCCCGUGACUAUGUAGAGUCCCUGCACCAGAACUCCCGGGCCACCCUGCUCUAUGGCAAGAACAACGUUCUGGUUCAGCCGAGGGAUGACAUGGAGGCUGUGCCGGGGUAUCUGUCCCUGCACCAGACAGCUGACGUCAUGACCUUGAAGUGGACGCCCAACCAGCUGAUGAACGGGUCUGUGGGGGACCUGGAUUACGAGAAGAGCGUCUACUGGGACUAUGCCAUGACCAUCCGCCUGGAGGAGAUUGUCUACCUGCAUUGCCACCAGCAAGUGGACAGCGGUGGGACGGUGGUGUUGGUCAGCCAGGACGGGAUCCAGAGGCCGCCCUUCCGCUUCCCCAAGGGAGGUCACCUCCUGCAGUUCCUCUCGUGCCUGGAGAAUGGGCUGCUCCCUCACGGGCAGCUGGACCCGCCACUCUGGUCUCAGCGGGGGAAGGGCAAAGUAUUUCCCAAACUGCGCAAGCGAAGCCCUCAGGGUUCGUCCGAGUCCACGUCUUCAGACAAGGAAGAUGAGGAGGCCACGGAUUACGUGUUCAGGAUCAUCUACCCUGGCAUGCAGUCCGAAUUCGUCCCCCAGGACCUGAUGGAUGUCUCCGUGAGCAACCUGCCAUCCCUAUGGCAACCCAGCCCACGGAAAUCAUCCUGCUCAUCCUGUUCACAGAGUGGCUCGGCUGAUGGUGGCUCGUCCAAUGGCUGCAACCAUGAGAGGGCUCCCUUGAAGCUUCUCUGUGACAAUAUGAAGUACCAGAUUCUUUCCAGAGCCUUCUAUGGAUGGCUUGCCUACUGCAGACACCUGUCCACUGUGAGGACCCACCUGUCAGCCCUGGUCAAUCACAUGAUCGUGUCCCCGGACUUGCCCUGCGAUGCUGGACACGGGCUGACGGCCGAGAUCUGGGAGCAGUACCUGCAGGACAGCACG